UGAUGCGUGCGGGUUUGAAGCUGCGCGGCGAGGGAGCGAGGCCGCAGUGGCAGCGGCGGGCGCUCGGACCCCGGCUGCCCCGCCGCGCCCGCCGGCGUCCGGCGCUCCCCGUCCCGGCAUGGCAGCCCCGGUGGGCCGGCGCGGCUCAGAGACAGAGCGCCUGCUGACCCCCAGUCCUGGGUAUGGCACCCGGGCCGGGGCUUCCCCGGUCCCUCCGGAAGAGGAAGACCUGCGCCGCCGGCUCAAGUACUUCUUCAUGAGUCCCUGUGACAAGUUCCGGGCCAAGGGUCGCAAGCCCUUCAAGCUGAUGCUGCAAGUGGUGAAGAUCUUGGUGGUCACCGUGCAGCUCAUCCUGUUCGGGCUCAGCAACCAGCUGGCAGUGACAUUCCGGGAGGAGAACACCAUUGCCUUCCGGCACCUCUUCCUGCGGGGCUACUCUGAUGGGGCGGACGACACCUUCGCAGCCUACACGCGGGAGCAGCUCUACCAGGCCAUCUUCUACGCCGUGGACCAGUACCUGAUGCUCCCGGACGUGUCGCUGGGCCGGUAUGCCUACGUGCGGGGCGGGGGUGGCCCUUGGGCCAACGGCUCGGCCCUGGCCCUCUGCCAGCACUACUACCACCGCGGCCACGUGGACCCAGCCAACGACACCUUUGACAUCGAUCCAAUGGUUGUCACUGACUGCAUCCGCGUGGACCCCCCUGAGAAACCCCUUGUGCCCCCCAGUGAUGAUCUCUCCCUUUCGGACGGCAGUGCCGGAUACAAGAACCUCACGCUCAAAUUCCACAAGCUGAUCAACGUCACCAUCCACUUCCAGCUGAAGACCAUCAACCUCCAGAGCCUGAUCAACAAUGAGAUUCCGGACUGCUACACCUUCAGUGUCCUGAUCACUUUUGACAAUAAGGCGCACAGCGGCCGUAUCCCCAUCAGCCUGGAGACCCAGGCCCACAUCCAGGAGUGUAAGCACCCCAGCGUCUUCAGGCACGCUACCCCCGGCCUCUGUGCCCGCUCUGGCGUGACUUCAGCCAGGCCCUGCCCACUUCAUGCCCAUUCACAAAGCCCACCUGGUUCCCACACCCUCAUUGUGCCCCGCCCCAUCUGCCUGCUACAGAUUCUCAUUGCCACGCUGCGGGUGGCCCUGCCCAGCGUCAUGCGUUUCUGCUGCUGUGUGGCUGUCAUCUACUUGGGCUACUGCUUCUGUGGCUGGAUCGUGUUGGGGCCUUACCAUGUGAAGUUUCGCUCGCUGUCCAUGGUGUCGGAGUGCCUGUUCUCGCUCAUCAACGGGGACGACAUGUUCGUGACAUUCGCCGCGAUGCAGGCGCAGCAGGGCCGCAGCAGCCUCGUGUGGCUGUUCUCCCAGCUCUACCUCUACUCCUUCAUCAGCCUCUUCAUCUACAUGGUGCUGAGUCUCUUCAUCGCGCUCAUCACGGGUGCCUACGACACCAUCAAGCACCCCGGAGGUGCUGGCGCAGAGGAGAGCGAGCUCCAGGCGUACAUCGCGCAGUGCCAGGACACCCCCACCUCCGGCAAGUUCCGCAGAGGGAGCGGCUCGGCCUGCAGCCUCCUCUGCUGCUGCAGGGACGCCUCGGAGGAGCAUUCGCUGCUGGUGAACUGAUUCGGACCCGCCGCUGCUACUGGACAUUAGCCCUCCGAUUGCGGAGACUCACGCUUAUUUAUUUUUAGGGUUUGCUUUUAAAGGACCGGCUCCCUGCCGUGCCCUGAGGACCUGGGCCAGUCGGGUCGGACAGGGGUGGGGUGGGUGUUAAAUAAACGGGAAAAUAAACUUGUUCUCAUUUGUA